AUGGAAAAACGAGAGUUUUUGGAGGAAUGGAAAAGUAUACCAGAGCAAAAUGAGCAACAAUUUACGCUUCAGAAUUUGAAUAAUUUGAAUGCUGGUUAGUUUUUUAUUGCAAUUUUUUCAACUCUGUAAACAAGCUGAAUUUUUUGUAGAUGGUAUUUGCAACAAGCUCCAAAACAACAAUAUUUUCACAGUUGCUCGUCGACAAGUUGAUAAUCAACAACUUCUUUAUCAUUCUGUGAAAUACACAAAUAAUUUGAGUGUUUUGUCAGAAUUGAAAGUUAAUUCAACAAAUACGUCAAUUACGGUAAGUUAUUCGGGAAAUCCACAAAAAAUUUGAUCUACUGAGAGCUGACUAAAGGACCGGAAAAUUGGGGCCAAAUCUAGAGAUUUUCCGAAAUUUGGAGCUCUGUAACUUUGUCACAAAAACUUUUACUAUCAAAUUAGAUUCCAAAAACGUCAAAAACUCAAUAUUUCCUGAAUCAAUCGAUAUUUUAUUCCAGCUCUCACUCAAAUCGAAAAAUGUGAUGGCAAUUGCGAAUAUCAAUGACGUCUUCCAAGUUAUUUUAAAUAACUGA